UCUCAGCUGAAGGAGUGUGCAGAUGAGGAGCGGGAAGGCUAUCUGAUGUCCUGCCUGGUGGACCACCACGUCAACAUCACAGAACGCCAGUGCCAUCAGUACAUCACCAAGAUGACCAGCAUCAUCUUCAGCGACUAUCGGCUCAUAUGCGGCUUUAUGGACAAAUGCAGAGAAGACAUCAACACCUUGGAGUGUGGAAGCAUCGCUGGUCGGAGAAAAAGUAUGCUUGACCUGCAUUCCCAGGGCGAGGUGAUUGCGUGUCUGGAGAGGGCUCUGGUCCGGGAGGCAGAGCAGAAGGAUAAGGCUCGUCAAAUCAAGGACGAGUGCAAAAAGGCCAUCAUGAGAGUGGCAGAACUAUCAGCGGACGACUUCCACCUCGACCGCUACCUCUACUUCUCCUGCCGAGACGACCGGGAGCGCUUUUGUGAGCAUACCCAGGUGGGAGAGGGCAGAGUGUACAAAUGCUUGUUCAACCAUAAAUUUGAGGAAGCAAUGUCGGAAAAGUGUAUAAACGCCCUGACCACUCGGCAAAAGCUCAUUGCUCAAGAUUAUAAAGUCAGUUACUCCCUGGCGAAGGCCUGUAAGGCCGACCUACGCAAGUACCGUUGUAACCCGGACGCCAGCAUGCCUCGCGCCAGAGAGGCCAGACUCUCCUUCCUCCUCCUCUGCCUGGAGUCUGCUGUUCACAGAGGCCGCACGGUGACCGGAGACUGUCAGGGGGAGAUGCUGGACUACAGACGCAUGCUAAUGGAGGAUUUCUCUCUGAGUCCUGAGAUCGUGUUGCAUUGUCGAGGAGAGAUCGAGGCGCACUGCUCAGGACUGCACCGCAAGGGACGCACCCUGCACUGCCUCAUGAGAGUCACCCGCGGGGACAAGGGCACGGUGGACAACCUCUGUCAGACAGCACUCCAGACUCUUAUCCAGUCAGCAGACCCCGGCGCUGAUUACCGGAUCGAUCGCGCUUUGAAUGAAGCCUGUGAGUCUGUGAUCCAGACGGCCUGCAAACACAUCCGCAGCGGAGACCCUAUGAUUCUGUCUUGUCUAAUGGAGCAUCUUUACACAGAGAAGAUGGUUCAGGACUGUGAACACAGUCUUCUGGAGCUGCAGUACUUCAUUUCAAGAGACUGGAAGCUUGAUCCAAUCCUAUACCGUAAGUGUCAGAACGACGCAUCCAGACUGUGUUACACCCCGGGCUGGAACGAGAGCAGUGAGCUGAUGCCUCCUGGCGCUGUGUUUUCCUGCCUUUACCGGCACGCUUACCGGACAGAAGAGCAGGGCAGACGACUCACCAGGGACUGUAAGAUGGAAGUCCAGAGAGUUCUUCACCAGAGAGCUCUGGAUGUGAAGCUGGACCCGGAGCUCCAGAAACGCUGCAUGACUGACCUGGGCAAAUGGUGCAGUGAGAAGACGGACAACGGACAGGAGCUGGAGUGUCUUCAGGACCAUCUUGAGGACUUGGUGUCAAACUGCAGAGAUGUGGUGGGCAACCUGACAGAACUGGAAUCUGAGGACAUUCAGAUUGAAGCUCUGCUGAUCCGAGCCUGUGAACCGGUCAUCCAGAGCCACUGCCAUGAUGUAGCUGAUAAUCAGAUAGACACAGGGAAUCUUCUGGAAUGCCUGGUGCAGAACAAGCAUCAGAGGGAAAUGAAUGAGAAAUGUGCUGUGGGCGUCACUCAUUUCCAGCUGGUUCAGAUGAAGGACUUCCGCUUCUCCUACAAGUUCAAAAUGGCCUGUAAAGAGGAUGUCCUCAAACUCUGUCCCAACAUUAAGAAAAAGGCGGAUGUGGUCAUCUGUUUGAGCACCACGGUGAGGAACGACACGCUACAGGAUGUGAAAGAUCAGCGUGUGUCUCUUAAAUGUCGGAAACAGCUGAGGGUGGAAGAGCUGGAGAUGUCAGAGGACAUUCGACUGGAACCUGAGCUGCAUGAUGCUUGUAAGAAGGAUAUCAACAAGUUUUGUUCCUCUGUUGCCUACGGAAAUGCUCAGAUCAUUGAGUGUCUCAAAGAGAGCAAGAAGCAGCUUUCUCAGGUUUGUCAUCAGAAGAUCUUUAAGCUUCAGGAAACUGAAAUGAUGGAUCCGGAGCUGGACUAUCAGCUCAUGAGAGUGUGCAAGCAGAUGAUCAAGCGGUUUUGCACAGAGUCAGAUGCUAAGAACAUGCUACAGUGUCUAAAACUGAACAAGAACAGCGAGCUUAUGGAUCCCAAGUGUAAGCAGAUGAUCACCAAGAGACAAAUCACUCAGAACACAGACUACAGACUGAACCCAGUGUUGAGGAAGGCUUGUAAAGCAGACAUUCCCAAGUUUUGUCAAAGCAUUCUUGGCAAAGCCAGUGACGCCAACGAACUGGAGGGUCAAGUCAUAUCCUGCCUCAAACUCAAGUAUGCAGACCAGCGCUUGUCUGGAGACUGUGAGGAUCAGAUCAGAGUGAUUCUUCAGGAGUCAGCGCUCGACUACCGGCUCGAUCCUCAGCUCCAGGUUCACUGCAGGAAUGAGAUCACGCGGCUGUGUGCUGAGGAAGCUGCCGCACAGGAACAGACGGGUCAAGUGGAGGAGUGUCUGAAGAACAACCUUCUGAAGAUUAAACAGGAGGAGUGCAAGACGGAGGUGUUGAACAUGCUCAAAGAAAGCAAAGCAGAUAUAUUUGUGGAUCCUGUCUUGCACACGGCCUGUGCUCUGGAUUUGAAACACCAGUGUGCAGCCAUCAACCCUGGAAGAGGCAGACAAAUGUCCUGUUUGAUGGAAGCUCUGCAGGACAAGCAGGUGCGUUUACAGCCUGAAUGUAAGAGAAGAUUACAGGACCGCGUAGACAUGUGGAGCUAUGCAGCAAAGGUGGCACCAGCUGAAGGUUUCUCGGACCUCGCUCUACAAGUCAUGACAUCACCUUCGAAGAACUACAUCCUGUUGAUGAUUGCUCUGGCCGUGUCCCUCCUCUUCCUCGUGGGGCUGCUGUGUGGCCGUAUCACCAAACGUGUGACCAGAGAGCUGAAAGACAGGUAGAGCGAGGAUUCUGCCCAUCCGCUGGUUCACAUGUCAUUUCCUGCACUCGCUGUUCUCUGUUCUUAUACCUGCCAAGACUUUGGGAGCGGCAGUGGACCUUCUGUGGGUCGGUGCCAUGUUAGGAACCCUCUCUAGCCCACCCUGACGCUCAGUCCAAACAUACAACCUUUGAAAUGCUUCUCAGACAGGAUCAAGAUCAUUUUGGGACAUUAUGCCUUGAGUAUAUGUUUUUAUUUUGAGAGUGACAGCCUUACUUCUUGACUGUGAUAUGGUCAUCAUGUGUCAAUGCAGUCAUUUUAUCAUUGCAUCUUUCAGUUUUUUCAGAAUGACAGGGCUUUAAUCAACAGCUUACAUGAAUAUUCACAAGCCAUUUUCAUAUUUUGUUUUUCACUUCGUUUUUUUUG